AACGCGGUAUCGCCUUACACUUCUUUUUCUCCAUUCUCCGGCGGGUGUUUCCAUCGAAUCCCCUGGAGAGCUCGACGAGGGUUUCUAGGGUUCUUCCGGCGGCGCUCAACUCGCUCUCGUUGUCGGCUUGCUGUUCUUUACCCUCUAACUGCGCUCGUAUUUCCUCCGCCUCGAUUAAGCGGAUUCUGACGGAGAUUGCGGCGUUUGCGUCAAUUCGAUUCUGUUGAUCGUGAUUUAUCAGCGAGAAAAAGGGGCAAAGUUUCAUCCCUAUUUCGGUCCCUGAUUCUUGGUAUAACGUGGAAUCAGGACUCGCGUCUUUGAAUCAAGGAGCCAUCUCGGUGGAUUUCAAAGAGAUAUCUUGAGUGGUUUUGUGGGUUAAAAAGUUGCGAUUUUUGGUGGGUUUCCCAUGGCGGAUUCGGAUAACGAAUCCGGCGGGCACAACCAAGGCCACUCGGGAGCAGGAGCGGUAGGGGAGCUAUCGUCGCCGAAGGAGCAGGAUCGCUUCUUCCUGCCCAUCGCCAACGUCAGCCGCAUCAUGAAGAAGGCGCUCCCGGCGAACGCCAAGAUCUCCAAGGACGCCAAGGAGACUGUGCAGGAGUGCGUGUCGGAGUUCAUCAGCUUCAUCACGGGGGAGGCCUCCGACAAGUGCCAGCGCGAGAAGCGAAAGACCAUAAACGGCGACGACCUCCUCUGGGCCAUGACCACCCUCGGCUUCGAGGAGUACGUCGAGCCUCUCAAGGUCUACCUGCAGCGUUUCCGCGAAACGGAGGGCGAGAAGGGAGGCGGUGGUCCAUCGUCGUCCUCGUCGACGCCGCACCAGCAGAUGGACUCCGUCGCCGCCUCUAUGGGUAUCGGGACCAAUAUGCCCGGCUACGCUGCCGGCGCGCCUGCCAUGUACGGUGGCGGAAUGACGAUGAUGAUGGGGCAGCAGAUGUACGCCCCGCAGUCCUCAUCCUCGCCGUACCAUCUUCCCCAGAUGACCAUGUCGGAAAAGAACAGCACGGCGAGCGGUGGCGGCUUCGACGGCGCCGGUUUGAACUCCUCCUCCUCCAAGCCGGGAUAUAAAUAGCUGGUUCUAAUACGUAGGAGCAUCAGAUUGUUUACUUGUGAAACCAAUCGGAUGGAUUUGGCUGGUGCAGUCUCUUGUUUCUCAGGAAGUUGAAAAUAUGCAUUUUUUUCGAAGAAA